AUGGAAAGAACGGACGCGAACGACACGCCGUUGGAUGACAAAGCAAGGAGAAUGAGAGAUCUGCUAUCCAGUUUCUACUCUCCAAUCCCUUCACCGUCUUCCAAUUCCGCUAAUGCAUUUUCCAAACACGCCUCACCCGACGACAUCAAUUCCCCUUCAUUCCAACCCCAUCUCCACAUGAACGCCCUGGCACGCAAGUCGAAUUUGGAAGGGCUACUACAGAGACACGUUGAAAUGGUAGCUGAAAUAAAGAAUCUCGACACUGACCUGCAAAUGCUCGUCUACGAGAAUUAUAACAAGUUCAUCUGCGCCACAGAUACUAUAAAGAGGAUGAAGAGUAAUAUUUUGGGGAUGGAAGCAAAUAUGGAACAGCUUCUAGAGAAGAUAAUGUCUGUGCAGUCAAGGAGUGACAGCGUCAACACUUCUUUAUGUGAGAAUAGGGAGCAUAUAGAGAAAUUGCAUCGGACACGCAAUCUUCUUCGUAAGAUUCAGUUCAUAUAUGAUCUACCUGAUAGACUAGGCAAGUGCAUCAAGUCUGAGGCCUAUGCAGAUGCAGUCAGGUUCUACACUGGUGCAAUGCCAAUUUUUAAGACAUAUGGAGAUUCAUCAUUCCUAGAUUGUAAGCGAGCAUCUGAAGAAGCAAUAGCUAUUAUAGUAAAAAACUUGCAGGGAAAGCUAUUUUCAGAUUCUGAAUCAAUGCAAGUGAGAGCUGAGGCUGCAGUACUCCUUAAGCAGUUGAAUUUCCCGGUGGACAAUUUGAAAGCAAAGCUACUCGGGAAGUUGGAGCUUUCCCUUACUGACAUUCAGUUUAUCCCUGAAAUAAUAGAGAGUGUUUCAUCCUCUGCUCAUGAGGCAGCCGUUCAUGAGUUCGUGGGGGCCAUUCGUGCAUUUCGAGUAAUAUUUCCGGAUUCAGAAAAGCAAUUAGUUAAACUUGCUCAAGAUUUAAUCACCAAACACUUUCUAAGAAUUGAGGAGUAUGUAAAGACACGAAUUGGUGCUGCAGAUCUACUUGGGGUUCUUCGAGUUAUCUGGAAUGACGUGCUCCGGAUGGAUGAAGUCUUACAGGAAACUUCUCUCUCUAAUCAUUCUCUUGAGUCUGCCAAGGUUGCUGUCAAGCUGUAUAUUACAAGUGCAUUUUCUCAUCUAAUGCAAGACAUCUCAGAUUCCCUCUUAAAAGUACUGAAACGGGAGGGAGCAGAGGAGCACUCACUAGAAGUUGCUCUUGAUACUAGCAUAAAAGCGAUUUUCCACGGAGGCGGGAACAUUUUGCUGGAUAUCCACAAAAUUCUAGAUGACGACUUGGAGAUUGUAGAUAAACUAAGAGACUUAAUAAUUGAAUGGGUUCAAGAAGGAUUUCAAGACUUUUUUGGGCAACUUGAGGUUCAGUUCCUAUUGUUUUCAGGAACAAACAAUUCUUCAGUUACUCAAAUUCAUCGUUUGACAGAGGGAGCCCUAGGUGACAAAGCCUUUCCUAGUCUUAUCUUAGUGAUGGCACAAUUGUCCGCUUUCAUUGGACAGACUGCCAUCCCAAAAAUCACUGAGGAAUUAGCAGAUUCCUUUUCUGGUUGUAAUGUUGGAGGUUAUGACUACGGACUGAGCUUUGUUCAGAUCUGUCAGAAAUUUAGGAUAACCGGUGAAAAAUUCUUGCACAUGUACAUAAAUAUCAGAUCUCAGCGAAUAUCACUUCUCCUACAGAAGAGGUUUGCCACACCUAAUUGGAUUAAGCAUAAGGAGCCAAGAGAAGUUCAUAUGUUUGUUGAUUUAUUUCUUCGGGAGCUCAAAGUUACAGGCAAUGAAGUGAAGCAAAUUUUGCCUCAAGAUAUACGAAAGCACCAUAGGGCUAAUAGUAAUGGAAGUACUGCUUCAUCGAGAAGUAACUCCUUCCGAGAGGAGAAGUCAAGUCGGUCUAAUAUUCAGAAGGCAAGGAGCCAUCAACUUUUGGAAACACAUCUGGCGAAACUGUUUAAGCAAAAGGUUGAAAUUUUCUCCAAAGUAGAAUAUACGCAGGAAUCAGUGGUUAUGACCAUUGUUAAAUUGUGCCUUAAAAGCUUACAAGAAUUUGUUCGGCUCCAAACUUUUAACCGGAGUGGAUUCCAGCAAAUUCAGUUGGAUGUUCAGUUCAUAAGGACUCCAUUAAAAGAAAUAGUUGAAGACGAGGCCGCAAUGGACUUCUUGCUUGAUGAGGUUAUUGUUGCUGCUGUAGAGCGAUGCCUUGAUCCAAUUCCAUUGGAGCCCCCCAUAUUGGACAUACUUAUACAAGCAAAGCUGACAAAAAAUAGGGAACAGAUUAUAAUCUCUUCAUAA